AUGACAGCUACAACGAUCUGGGAUUGCGAUAGAGUGACUUGCCGUCUGCCACCAUCUGAACAAUUCGACGGACAACCGACCUCAUCCGAUCCGCCGUACGUAUCCGAGAUGGAUGGACGUGAUGUUGUCGUGGAAAAAACAGAUCCAAAAUGCAACACAAGGUGGCAGGCCAAGUUUAUUAAUAGGCGACAGCUUGUCAAAAGUGUUCCCUAA